GCUCUCUCUGCUGAGACAGAAGAAGAGUCCUAUCCACAGAGCAGGGACUGAUGCUUCUACUGGAGCCACAGACUGGUUGUCGUCUGUAGAAGGUAUGCUGCAGCUUCUCCGAGGAGUCCUCCACCUGCUGGGCCUGACCAGACGCCCCUCACAUAGUUACAGCGCAGUAAGGCCCCUUUCACACGAAUAUUGAAGUUCCGACAUUCAACUCCUGAAAUCUAAUCAUCAGAUCCUGAGCUUGGAAACCAAUACACCAGAUCUGGUAGACAAGGACAGACUUCUUCCGGUUACCAAAUAACUGUAUCUCAACUAUAUGAAGCAAGAUGAAAUGAUGUGGCCAAGAUCCAGCAAAGCCACAUUAACAGGUCAACCUCAUAAUCUACCCAGAUCACACUGAUCACAAAAUAGUCAAAAACUAACGCUGCAGGAACAUGGCGGUCAUCCUGCAUAUUCUCUCCUGCUUGCUGGGCCUAGGUUCCUGGGUUGCCAUCAAUGGGGUAUGGGUGGAGCUGCCUCUCUUAGUGCCUUAUACCCCAGAAGGCUGGGAGCUUCCCGCGUACCUGUCUCUACUCAUUCAGUUUGCUAACAUUGGGCCACUUACUGUUACACUUACCCAUAAGUUUUGUCCAGGAAGUCUCAGGGAGGGAUUGGUAAUAUUUGUGAUUUUGGUAGUAGGUGUUGUCUCAUGCAUCUUGCUGGCUUUCCUCUGGCAGGAAACGAGUUGGGUGGGUUCAUCACGGAGAAGUACUGCUCUUCUGUGUCUCCUCUUCUUCAUCUCAUUGGUAGACUGCACUUCUUCAGUUACUUUUCUUCCUUAUAUGACUCGUCUCCGGCCAAAUUACCUUAUCUCAUACUUCAUUGGAGAGGGUCUAAGUGGGCUGAUGCCAGCAUUACUGGCUUUGGCACAAGGUGUUGGUGUAAUGAGCUGUCAACCAAUAAACGGAACAGAACCAAAUGGAUCGUAUGCCAUAGGAAACCUAACAGCUGUCUACCAGCCAGCCAGAUUCCCAACAUGGGGCUUCUUUUUGUUUCUGGCGGGUAUGAUGGGUCUUUGUCUAAUCGCCUUCAUCAUCCUUCACAAGAUGCCCAAAGAGCAGGGCCACCAAGAGGCAGGUAUAAGCAAGAGAAGGAAAAAAGAAUCUUGGAACAGAGGAGUUGAGCAGAAGCCAAUGAUGGGGGAGGAUGAGACUGGAAAGGAGGAUGCAAAGAAAGAAGUAGUAAAGUACUCAAUGUGGGAGAAGGUCUUCAUCUACCUCGUUCUGGCCUGGGUCAAUGCUUUGACGAAUGCAGUGCUGCCAUCUGUCCAGACUUACUCCUGCAUGCCUUAUGGAGGACGCGUUUAUCACCUGUCUGCCACACUAGCUUCCAUUGCAAACCCAGCAGCAUGCGGCAUUGCCAUGUAUCUACCCACCAGGUGUCUCCUGACUGUAAGCGUUCUGACGGUGAUCGGUUCCGGGAUUGGCUCAUACAUUAUGGGUAUGGCAGUGUUAAGCCCAUGUCCACCUCUUCUCAUGGAUAACAUUGGAGGCAUCCUCAUUGUUGUGGCCUGGAUCCUGUUUGUGGGAGUUCUGUCCUACGUGAAGGUGAUACUAGGAGUGAUCCUGCGAAGUGAAGGACACAGCGCCCUCGUGUGGUGUGGGGCAAUGGUGCAGCUGGGCUCUAUGCUGGGAGCUCUCACCAUGUUCCCGCUGGUGAACGUCUACACCAUGUUCCAGUCUGGUGACCCCUGUAAUCAGAGGUGCCCCCAAUAAAGUCACCUACAGUGAUGACCGCUCCAGCGAGGCAGGUUAUGGGGACAGGAAAUGAGUAGAGGACUGAGCCCGAGGGGGGGGGGGGGGGGGAGGAAUGGCAGGAUCUGGAGGGUGUAAUAGGAACAACCUAUAGGAGGAGGUACAGCGUAAUGGGAGGCGUGGGGUGGAGUAAUAGAAGGAAGGUGGACAUAUGGGUGGAGAUGGACGCUGCAAUAAGCUCUGGAAUACUGGACAUUACCCGGAGAAAUGGAAGAAGAGAUACGGAAUAAUAAGGAGGAUAAAGUGAUGAGAGUUAUUACACGGAGUAAUGGAAGCAUCUGGAAAAAUGGGUGGAGCUAUGAGGAAAAUUGGGAGGAGCUACAUGAGUACUGGGUGGAGGUUUUAAUGAGUAAUGGGAAGGAUGAUAUGGAAUAUGGGAGGAGUCACAUGGAGUAGUAGUAAGCAGAUAUGUCAUGAGGUAAUAUUUGGAGCGGGAACAUCCUAUUUACAGAGUCUCAUAUCUAAAGCCAAGAAAAUGCCCAAAAGCAUCCACUCUGACCAGAGCAGGACAAUGCUCCACCACCCGUGAGGACAUCCUGAGGGGGCGGCUCGGUGCUGUGCUGGAUGUGGUUGUUAAAAUAAAGAAUUAUGUAUUGUGUUAAUAUAAGAUAGUGGGCGUGUCCUGUAUUCUAUCAUGGUGGGCGUGUCCCGUAUUCUGCCAUAGUGGGGGUGUCGCGUAUUCUGCCAUAGUGGGGGUGUCCCGUAUUCUGCCAUAGUGGGGGUGUCCCAUAUUCUGUCAUAGUGGGGGUGUCCCAUAUUCUGUCAUAGUGGGGGUGUCCCAUAUUCUGUCAUAGUGGGGGUGUCCCAUAUUCUGUCAUAGUGGGGGUGUCCUCUAUUCUACCAUAGUGGGCGUGUCCUCUAUUCUACCAUAGUGGGCGUGUCCUCUAUUCUACCAUAGUGGGCGUGUCCCCUAUUCUGCCAUAGUGGGCGUGUCCCCUAUUCUACCAUAGUGGGCGUGUCCCCUACUCUGCCAUAGUGGGCGUGUUUUCUAUUAUCAUCUUGUAUCUGUAUUACUGAACUUAAUAAAAAGGAACAAAAAAUAAAAAUAAGUGAACACAAAAA